AUGUGGAGGUUCAUUACUUUAUGCUGCCUUGUGGCAGUGAGCCUCGGUCAAAGUCGGAUAGAUUUAACCAUUGUUUGUAAGUACGUAUCCAUACUUGACUGCAGCCUGUUUGCCAAUCAUCAUGUAUGUGGGAGCAACCACGUCACGUAUGAUAACCACUGUUUGUUUUCCAAAGCUCACUGCCACGAUCGCGACAUCCACAUGAUUCACAACGGCACGUGCUUCACUGGAAAUUCAGGGAGUCAUGGGAGUGAAGCUACCUACGAAUUCUUCUGCAGAAAUCUUCAUUACAGUCACUGCGGCACCGACGUAGAGAUAGUAUGUGGUUCAGAUGCCACGACUUACAACAACUUUUGUCUGUUUGAGAAAGCCCGGUGCAUCAACAGAAAGCUGUUUAUAAAAGAAUACAAUGCAUGCCCUUGAAGGACAGACGGACAUUGAGCAAACAUGUUGGUGUAUCUGUACUUGUUACCAAAUGGCAAAAUAAAUUUAUAGUUGUUA